ACGUGAGUAAACAGGGCGAGAAAGGGUGGGAGGGGACUGAGAAUCGCUGUGCAAUAGUAACAUUUUCCCGCUUGAUAUUCAGAUCAGAAAACAGAAUGGAGGAAGAUACUGAAUACCUGAAAUUGUCCACUGAGGAUCAGUGCCAACACAAGCUCUGGAAAGCGCGCCUUAAGGGCUACGAAGACGCCACGCAGCUGUUCCAGGGGCUGAACGAGAAGGCGCCAGAGUUCAGUCGCUAUGCCGGCCUCAUCAAGAAGUUUGUGGCCGACAGCAAUGCCGUGGCCCAGGAGAAGGGUCUCGAGGCGGCGCUCGUCUUCAUGGAGAACGCUCACGUGGCGGGCAGGGUGAGCGGCGACGUGGUGGCGGCCGUGGUGCAGAAGGCGAUCGCUGCGCCCAAGACCAGUACGCGCGAGAAGGCCCGCGAGCUGCUGCUCAUGGUGGUCGAGAUCGAGAAGUACGAGCUGGUGCAGGAGGAGCUGGUGAAGGGCUUCAGCCAGAAGAACCCCAAGGUGGUGGCGGCCUGCAUCGGCGCGCUGACCCUGGCGCUGCAAUCGUUCGGUCACAAGAUCCUGAGUCUGAAGCCGCUGAUCAAGCUCAUCCCCGGGCUGAUGGAGCACAAGGACAAGAACGUGCGCGAGGAGGCCAAGGGUCUGAUCGUGGAGCUGCACCGCUGGAUUGGCGACGCCAUCAAGGCGCACAUCGCGUCCCUGAAGCCGGUCCAGGUAUCCGAACUGGAGGCCGAGUUUGCGCGAUCGUCGGGCCAGAAGGCGCAGCAGACGCGCUACUUACGCUCACAGCAGGAUCUGCGCGCCAAGAUGGAGGCGCAGGGACCGGCCGACGAGGACGGCGACGACGACGACGGCGACGAGGCCGAGGACGAGGCCAUCGACCCCCUCGACCUGCUCGAACCCGUCAACAUCCUCGCCCAGCUGCCCAAGGAGUUUCACGAGCUGGUCGAGGCCAAGAAGUGGCAGGAGCGUAAGCAGGGGCUGGAGGCCCUGCGGGAGCUCACUACCAAGCACCCCAAACUGGAGCCGGGAGACUACGGCGAUGUGGUGAAGGCGCUGAAGAAGAUCAUCAGCAAGGACACGAACGUGAUGGUGGUGGCGUUGGCCGGGCACUGCCUCGCCGGCGUGGCCUCCGGCCUCAAAAAGCACUUCGCGCCGUACGCCGUUGCGUGCAUCGGCGCCAUCGUCGAGAAGUUCAAGGAGAAAAAGACAAACGUAGUGACGGCGCUCCGCGAGGCGGCGGACGCCAUCUACCCGGCGACGUCGCUGGAGGCGAUGCAGGAGGACCUGCUGGGCGGCUUGAACAACAAGAACCCGUCGGUAAAGUCGGAGACGGCCUCGUUCCUUGCGCGCUGCUUCUGCUACUGCACGCCGGCCAUCCUCACCAAGAAGCUGCUCAAGGCCUACGUCACAGAGUUGGUGAAGCUGCUGUCUGACUCGGAUCCGACGGUGCGCGACGGCGCGUCGGACGCGCUCGGCACCGCCUGGAAGGUGGUGGGCGAGAAGGUCAUCACCCCAUUCAUCGGCGAUGUCGACAGCCUGAAGCUGGCCAAGAUCAAGGAGUUCAGCGAGAAGGCCGAGAUCAAGGUGCGGAUUGUGGCGCCCAAGAGCCGACCGGCGUCGGCCGCUGCGCCCGCCAAGGCCAAGGUGGUGCGGUCGGGCGGGGCCACGGCCGCUGCCGCCAAGAAGCCGGCGGCCGCCCGGCCCGGCGCCAAGAAGCCGGCCGCCAAGAAGGGUCCGUCCAAGACCGCGUCGGCCCCGCCGGCGGCGGCGGCUCAGGAGGGGACUGAGCCCGAGAUCAGCGACGAGGAAGCCGACCAGCUGGUGGCCGACCUCAUCUCCGAGGACGUCAUCAAACAGCUGGCCGACUCCAACUGGAAGACGCGCCUGCUGGCCACCGAGACUGUGCAGCAGACGGUGUCGGGCCGCUCGGACCUACCGACUCAGGCGCUGCUCCGGGUGAUGAGCAGGAAGCCAGGCCUGAAGGACAACAACUUCCAGGUGCUGAAGCUCAAGUUCAAUGUGGUCCUGCAGCUUGCGGAGAACACCAAGUUCACCAGACGCUCGGCGGACGUCUGUCUCUCUGAUCUGGUGGACAAGCUGGGAGACGCCAAGACGGGCGGCGGCGCGGCGGCCGCCCUCUCGGCCGUGGCCGAGGCGCUCUCGCUGGAGACGGUCACGUCCGAGCUGCUGCAGCUCGCCUUCGCGCAGAAGUCGCCCAAGGUGCAGGAGAGCGCGCUCUCCUGGCUCGCGCAGAACAUCCGCGAGUUUGGCUUCACGCUGAAACCGAAGCCGAUCGUGAACUACGUGCGCAAGGCGCUGGCGCACACCAACCCGGCCGUGCGCAACGCGGCCAUCUCGCUGCUGGGCACCAUGUACCUGUACAUGGGCGCCACGCUGCGCGUCCUGUUCGAGGACGAGAAGUCGGCGCUGCUGCAGCAGAUCGACGCUGAGUUCCAGCGGGUGGCGGACGAGCAGCCGCCGGCGCCGACCCGCGGUCUGCGCGCGGCGCCGGACGCCGGCGGCGGCGGUGACGAGGAGGGCGGCGGCGGCCCGGCGCCGGCCGACGCGCCGGCCGAGGACCUGGUGCCGCGCACCGACAUCGGCGACCGCGUCACCUCCGCCCUGCUCGCCGAGCUGGCCGACAAAAACUGGAAGGUGCGGAACGAGGCGCUGCAGAAGGUGGCCGAGAUUCUGCGCGAGGCCAAGUUCGUCACGCCCAACAUCGGCGAGCUGGGCGCCGCGCUGGCGGCCCGCUGCGUCGACUCCAACAAGAAUCUGUCGGCCGAGAGCGUGCGCGUGUGCGGCUGCCUGGGAACGGCGCUGGGGCCGCACUGCCGCGCCCACAUCCGCACCGUGGUGCCCGGCCUGCUCUCGGCGCUCGGAGACAAUAAGCCUAACAUCCGCCAGGCGUCGCUGACGUCGCUGGGCACGUGGCUGGAGCAGACGAGCAUGCGCGACUUCUGCGACGGCGAGAUGCUGGCAGAGGCGCUGCGUACCGGCACGCCCAACACGCGCACCGAGCUGUUCGCCUGGCUGGCCGUUCAGAUGAAGGACGCCGGCCAGCUGCCGAAGGACGAGUUGAUGGCGUGCCUGCCACACCUGUACACGGCGCUGGAGGACCGCACGGCCGAGGUGCGCCGCGCCGCCGGCGACGCCGUCCUCCCCUUCAUGCUCCACCUCGGCUACGACUCCAUGGCGCGCGCCGCCGGCAAGCUCAAGCCGGCCUCCAAGACGUCGGUCAUGGCGUCGCUGGACAAGGAGCGGCCGAAUCUGCCGGCCAAGGCGCCGCCCAAGCCACGCGCGGCCGCCGCCGCCAAGACGGUGCGCUCGGGCGGCGCGCUGCGCGCGGGCCUCUCGCAGUCGCAGGACAGUCUGGACGAGGAGCCGGCCGCGCCGCCACCCACCAAGGCGGUGCGCGGUGGCAAGGCGGCCCGGCCUGGCUCCAAGACACGGGCGCCCGCUCGCGCCGGCAAGGACGACGACGCCGACCUGUCGCCCACGCUGCAGGUCAACAACCUGAAGCGCCAGCGCGUCCAGGACGAGGUCAAGCUUAAGUGCUUGAAGUGGAACUUCAGUACUCCGCGGCCAGAGUUCAUAGAGCAGCUGAAGGACCAGAUGACGAACGCUGGUGUCAACAAGGCGUUGAUGACUCAGAUGUUUCACGCUGAUUUCAAACAGCACAUCAAGGCCAUCGACAGUCUGGCGGGGUGCACCGACACCAGCUUCGAGGCCGUGUCGGCCAACCUGGACCUGCUGCUCAAGUGGAUGACGUUGCGCUUCUUCGACACCAACCCCACCGUCAUCAUCAAGGGCCUGGAGAUGCUGCACCAGAUCUUCAUGCGGCUGGCCGACGACGAGUACCGCCUGUUGGAGCAGGAGGCGUCCGCCUUCAUCCCCUACUUGAUCGUCAAGCUGGGAGACCCGAAGGACACGAUCCGUGCCUCGGUGCGCAACAUCUUCCGCGAGCUCUACAAGAUCUACCCGGCCAGCAAGGUGUUCCUCUAUGUCAUGGACGGCCUCAAGUCCAAGAACGGUCGCCAGAGAGCCGAGUGUCUGGAGGAGGUGGGCUACAUGAUCGAGAAGUGCGGCAUGGGCGUGUGCCAGCCCGUCGGUGCGCCGCGCUCAAGGAGGUUGGCGCGCCAGAUCGGCGACCGCGACAACACGGUGCGCAAGGCGGCGCUGAGCGCGCUCGUGCAGGCGCACUACCUCACCGGCGACAAGCUCUACAAGCUGGUGGGAAACAAACUGCUCUAG